AUAGCGACGUGAAGCGGCCUUGCGGGAGGAGUAGGCCGCGCCGCCCGCGGGCGGGGAGGAGGCAGUGCUGUGACAGCUCCUGGGAGGACGUUGGCCCUGCAGGACGCAAGGAGACUGAUGUGGAGCAGGAGUGGGAGUCAGCGCUUCUGGGCUCGGAGCAGAUCCUGGAGAACAUCUGUAGCAAGGACACAGAGGAGAGCAGUCAGCCAGCCGUGCUGACCGAGCCGUCAGAGGACCCACCAUCUCCUGUAUCUAUGGCAUUUGCACCUCCUAGAAACAUGGAUGGCCCCAAGCUACAGACCAAGAUGAGCACAUGGACUCCACUGAACCAUCAACUCAUGAAUGACAAGGUAUUUGAAGAAAGAAGAGCCCUACUUGGAAAAUGGUUUGACAAGUGGACAGAUGGUCAGAGGCGGAGGAUCCUGGUGGACCUGUUGGAACGCUGCUCCCCAUCACAGCAAAAAUUCUGUGCCAAGCAGCUACAGGAUCGAGUCCCCACGGAGGCUCUAGAUUUUACCACAAGGCUUCCCAGAGUCCUCUCUUUAUACAUCUUUUCCUUCCUGGACCCACGGAGCCUCUGUCGAUGUGCACAGGUGAGCUGGUACUGGAAGUACCUGUCUGAACUGGAUCAGCUCUGGAUGCUGAAAUGCCUACGUUUUGGCUGGUACAUCAACUUCUCUCCAACACCCUUUGAGCAAGGAAUCUGGAAGAAACAUUACAUUGAGAUGGUGAAAGAGCUGCAUGUCACGAGACCAAAGACUCCUUCAAAAGAUGAGUUUGUAGUUAUUGAUGUGCAACCGGUAAGAAGCAACAUCCCAGAGGCAAAACUUUCCGUGCCAGGAAGGAGGACAAGCAAGGAGAAAAAAGAGCUCCCACCGUGGCGUUCAUCAGACAGGCAUCCUACAGAUACCAUCCGAUUCAACUACCUCGACAACUACGAUCCCAUCGAGCAGGCUAGGCAGGCGAGAAAGAAAGGAGGAGGGGAGACCCCGGACCUUAGCCGGCAGGCAGCUGAGAAAAAAAAGAGAGCGGGUCAUGGAUCUAAUAAGCUCCCGAAGGCAAAAUCACUGCUAUCACUUUCUGCAGAUCUUGAGUCUGUUCCAAAACCACCAGUUCGUCCCAGCUGGGCCACUCACCAGUCAACCGGGAACCUGCCCCCCAAAGCAGCGGCAAAAGCCCUGGCCCAGAGCUCCCAGUGGAAUGCUGGGAUACGACCAGCACCUGUUCGAGCUCCAGUGCCAAAGCCACGUGAAAGAGGAAGGAAAGACUUCACAAGGACAAACACCAGGUCUCCAUCAUCUCUGCUGUUUGAGGCUCAGCCCUGGCACAUUCCUCCAUCUAACCAAGGAUCUGACACAGAGUAAGGGAGAAUUCAAAGUAUCCUUCAUCCCAGCAGAACAGAAGCUCAUCUGCCUGGCACUGGGGAAACACCAGCAAUGUUACCCGAGUCACAGGCUGUGCUCGAAGAACAGCUGCUUUUGAGACCUCCAUAAGGACCCAGCUUAGUUUUUUUUCAACUGUUGCUGGAAAAGACUUUCUUCACUGACCUCACUACACAAUGCAAAGAAAGGAGCAUGGAGGUCCUGCACCUAUUCUCACUUAGGCUGGCCAAAAGAAAACUUAACUGCCUUGCAGCCAGUUUAGACAGCAAGGUGUCGGAGCAAUGGCUUUAUACUUUUUUUGGAAGUACCAUACUUGGUGCAAUGACUCCUGCCUGCCUUUGGGACCUCCAGGUGGGAUCUCCUGUUUCCAAACUGGAGGACAGUCUAAGUCUGUUUUCCUGUUGUGCUUCUCAGCCUUGUUUCCUGUUGCUGCUGCUAUAUUCUCUUUUCCUUUUGGGUAUGUCAUCUCUUCAGAGUUUACCUAGGCUUUUGACCACGGAGACACUUGUGCAGAUCCUUGCUAGAGCUGUUGGACCUCAUGUGAGCUUGCCUGUGCGUCACUUGGACAUCUUGGGGCAUAUCCCAUGUGGGCACUGCUGCUCCGUGAUGCUUUGCCAGUGAAUUAGAGAAGAUGUCUGUCUCUGUGGGCACCGAGAGGUUUGUGGAAGACAAGGGGGAACUACCAGCCUGAGUGAUGGAAACUGUACCCUCGCUACAAAGCGAGUGGUUUACCACCAAUGUUAAUGUGACCCCUCAGCUGUAACCUACAGACCCUGCCAAAUCAGCUAGACUGUGAAGAAAGCGCCACAGCGUUCAAGGGAAAAGCCUUUAAUAUGUGGGAGAAGGAAGGCUCAGAGAAAACAUUUGAAGAAAAACCUAGUUAGAACUGUAUUGAAGACAGAAUCUCAUGUUAGACAAGCCAACUCGAUCUCUUCCAUCACGUUAGUGAGAAGGAAAUCAAAUCCCACACUCUGGAUUGCAGCACUGCACAUGGCUCUGUGUGGAGAGCUGGCACUAGUCUACUUAUUUAAGAGAAUGUAAAUCAUGUGCUUUUAUUUGUCUUUUCCACAAUUAAGGAAAUAUCCAGUAAACGUAAUGAAUAGCCGUUUUUAAGGAUAAGGGGACUGAAUGCACAGCAACUGUAACUAAUUGCCUUACCAUAACCCAGACUGAGAGAGCUGGGAUAAAACCGAACCUUUCCACAGUUUAGGAAGAGCCACAGCAUGCCCAUGAAUUCUCAACAUCUAUGGACUAGAAAUCAUGUUUCAGAGAAAAUGCCAACUACUGAUUGACAGGGAUUAGAAGAAGACUUCUGCUCUGUGAGCAGAUCAUUCUGCACUGUGUCACUUGAGGGUUUCAAGUUUUUUGGCGUGAAAGACAUUGACCAUUGUCAAGACCAGGCACUGGGCACGAUGUACCAUGGAUCUUACCUGAAGGGAGAGCAUCCAGCAGGAGACUCAGCCCAUUGGGGUACUUGGUCGAGUGCCAUGUGAAUUACAGCUCCAAAUCAAUUAGGUAACUCAGUGCAUCUCCCUCUCCCAGAUGUUGUUCCUUCAUCUUUUCUAGCUGCCCUGGAUGCUUGGCAGGGGGAGUUCUUCUCAACCAACAUGAUGGCCUAAGAGCUAGUUAAGUCUAAGCUAGUCACCUCUCAAGCGAUCAGAUGAAAUAGGAACUUGCAGAUGGCAAUUAGCUCAUAUAUCUUAGGAUCUGUUGAUUAUGCAAGAGACCAGACUGACUAAUUUUGAUUAAGAAAGCUAACUUUUGAGCAUUUAAAGUCAGGUGGGGUAAAUCACAUCCAAAACAUUCAUCGGCAUCAUUCCCUUGUAUUGCAAAUCUCUCCUCACAAGCCUUUUCCCCUAGGAAAUCAAGUUAAACUGAUUGCUUCAUGGGUGUUUCCUUGGCUUCUUAAGUCCAAACUAUUGUUCUAGCUUUUUUUUGGUCUCUGUUAGGCAGCCUGUAGCUUCUCAUGGCAGCAGUUCAGCGCUAGGUCCGUGUUACAAACAGCAAAUGGCUAUGCAAGGAAAUGAUGGAACCCUGCAGCAAUGGUUUUUCUUAUCUCACUAAUGAGCAUACUCGCCAGAAACAUAAAGUUCCCAGGGUCUGACUGGUCUUGGAGCUGAGUGCUUGGGCAUUACUGCAGAUGCUGUGCCUUCACUGCACCAGAUCAUGCAUCUUAAGUACUCACUGUACAUUUUAAGGCUUAGGCCUUCUCUGAUUUAUAAAGUUUUUGUAUUUAUGAUGCUGUAAAAUAACUAACAGUAAUGUCCAGGAACGUACCAAGCCAAGUAGUCUAUCUUUGAAGUAACAGCAGACCUACGUAACGCCUUGAUGUAACUUGUACCAAUUAUGUUAUUAGAAUAAAAAUAUGUGUACUUA